AUGAAAUGCAGUGCAGAAGUUAAAAGGCACUUCCGUAACUUUCUUUCUUAUUGCCCCAUAGGGACAGAAGCCAGGACGGAUAAUCAAGUAUGGUACCUGAGAACUGCAAAGCUGGCUCUGGCCUUGGCGAUUAUCCGCUCAAAGCCAGCAGACAGAAGCAGCAGGGAGCACACGGAGCACCUUGCGAGGGUCGUGUCGGGGCAGGAGUCUGAGUGGAGAUCUAGAGUUGAAACCCUGGAAGCUGAAGUUUUGCAGUUGCGUCAAAAACUUCUUCUGAGCAGGAUGCGUUCCGGAUCGUUUCAGAGUGGAGACUCACCUUCCCAGCUGCAGGCUCAGGAGCCUGGAAGUUCUGAAAAUACAUUAACUGGGCUGGAAGAUUCUGGGUGUGAUUUAUCAAAUGAGCAGAAAACUGAACCUUCAGAGGUGUCUCAAGAUUUUGUGGAGAGCUGCACCCCCACACUCUUUCCACCACUGACAAUUGCAAAGAAACACUGUGCGACUUCAAAAAAUCCUUUGUCUUCUCACAUGCAAUUUUUGCAACAUCUGCUUGAACUGAAGAACUGGACAGAAUCAGGGAGUCUUAAAACAGACUUAAGCCACUUGGAGAACACCUCUUCCACGGUAUCUGAUUCUGUUUUUCAGUUGCUAGAAGGCCUGAUCACUUUUUACCGUGACCCAAAAUUUCCUCUUUCAAGCUUUUGGACAGAAGCUGUUGCUACUUUAGGUAGACUGCUCAGUGAUUGUAAUUUAUCUAGUCAUAUUCUUAAAACGUGUUCCAAGAAGUUGGAAGAAUUUGAGAAAACUCUACUGCACAUUAUUUUAAGGAGCAACCAUAUAAAUCGGUUUCAGGUACAGCAUUGUGUAUCUCAGAGUCUGGUAACCCUGGGAAGUUGCAGCGUGUUGAGAAAAUCUAUAAUAUCUCUGCUUCUAUCAGAAGUAAAUAGCUUCAUUGAUGAUCUGGAUACCAUCAAUCAGGUGCAAGCCAGUUAUGAUGCUUCACGCUAUGAAAAUAUUUUCUCCCUCUUUUGGGUUCUGGAGCAGCUUCUUCAAAAGGAAAAUGAAGAAGGCAGUACUUUGAGUUUGGGGCAUGAUGAUCAAGAAAUCAAGAAGUUUCUUCAGAAGCAUGAUGAUGCUGUUUUGCAACUCUCUGAUACAUUUCCUUUAUUUACUUUUUAUUUAUGGAGAUUGGGCAUUCUCUUGAACUCCAUAGAAAUAAAAACUGUUGAAAAUAACUCACUUCCUUAG